UACUUUUCAGUCGAAGUGCGUUAGAUGUAAUAAAACAACAGGAAGCAACAAGAAGAGCAGGCCUGCUUAUUUCCCGAUGAGUUUCUGAGAAAUUCCGAGCGUCCGUGUUUUGACAAUCGGACGGUGUUCUCGGAGCUUUGGAGCGCGCGCGCGAGCGGAGCUGCGGCUGGAACCUGGCCGGGACCGGAGAGACACGAGACACGCCACGCCACGCCGCGCCGCGCCAGAGCCGCACUUCGGACUCCGCUCCUCCGACAAGGCGACGCGAUGUGUUCCGUUAUCGGAGCGGCACGGUAGUCCGAGUCCGGCGGCGGGAGCGCGUUUAUUCGGAUGGAAACGCGGCUGAUCUGAGAUCUGCACCGAGCUCUUUUCCAACCACAUCAGCCCUUCCUGGAGUUUUUUUUUUUUUUUUUUCCCCCUGAUCGGACGAAGUUAACGAUUCCUACUCAAAAUCAUAAAAAAAAAACAACCGAAAAAGACGUAAAGAUUUAGAAACUCUUCACCCUACGAGGGGAUCUACACUUUUAAAUAAAACCACCUUCGUUCGCUUCCAGCUUUGUCCGCUGUUUUGAUCUCUGCAUGAACAGUCAAGCGGAAAAUCCCGCAGCAGCAUGCCGAGGAGAAAGCAGCAAGCACCGCGGCGGUCAGCAGCUUAUGGACCAGAGGAUGAGUUUAAAACAGGGAAGGCUGAUGAAGAAGAGCACCUCCUGGACGAUGGCCUUUCCCUCGAUGGUCAAGAUGCAGAAUUUCUCUUUAACGACGACGAGGACCCGAGAGAGCAUUAUAGCUGCCAGAACUCUCCACUUAGCAAUGGCACUAACCAAGAUGCUGGAUACGCUUCGCCACUCAGUACCACUAGUGACCAACUGGUGGACCUUAAGACCACAGCUUCCUCCUCCAGCGAUCAGGAAAAACUAGAGGAAAAGCUUGGGGAAGGUACCGAGUCAAUUAAUGGCCUCUCUCUCCAGGACAGUCUGACAAAAAUGAAAGCCGUCUAUGCAAAUUUGAUUUCAGAUGCCUCCUGGUCCAGUAUUGCCCUGGAUAUGCUUAAAAGUAAACAAGGGAACAAUUUGGCAGCUAGCAAUGGUAGUGGUAGCAGCUACAAAGGCAGCAAUGGGUUUCUGAAUAGUCACAGUUCAAGCAACAGCCAUGCGAAGAGCAGAUGUAGCGAUACCCCAUUCACCACUCACUUAAACAGCAGCAGCACAACUGCAAAAACAGUAUCAAGCAACAGCAACACUGGCAUCAGCUCUGCAAGCACUGGAGGAUUAGCAUAUGACUGGCAUCAGGCAGCUUUGGCUAAAACUCUUCAGCAAAAUCCGUACCAACUUCUCCCUGAGCCAAGCCUCUUCAGCACCGUGCAGCUUUACAGGCAGAACAACAAACUGUAUGGGCCGGUUUUUACUGGGGCCAGCAAAUUUCGGUGUAAGGACUGUAGUGCUGCCUAUGACACCUUAGUUGGUCUGACUGUGCACAUGAACGAGACUGGCCACUACCGCGAUGACAACAAGGAUCCAGAGGAUGAUCGAAGCAAAAAGUGGUCCAAGCCACGCAAGCGUUCUUUGUUGGAGAUGGAAGGGAAAGAAGAUGCCCAGAAAGUUCUUAAAUGCAUGUACUGUGGCCACUCUUUUGAAUCCUUGCAAGAUCUUAGUGUUCACAUGAUAAAAACAAAACACUAUCAGAAAGUGCCUCUAAAAGAACCAAUGCCAGCCCUUACCUCGAAACUGGUGCCCCCGACCAAAAAAAGAGCAUUUCAGGACUUGAUGUCUCCAAGCUCACCAGAGUCUGUGUCUUCGGGUAUAUUCCUAGGAGACUCUCCAAAAGACCAAAAAGCAGCUAAUCCCUACGUCACUCCUAACAAUCGAUAUGGCUACCAAAAUGGUGCCAGUUAUACCUGGCAGUUUGAGGCACGAAAGGCACAAAUUCUCAAAUGCAUGGAAUGUGGAAGCUCCCAUGACACACUACAACAGUUGACAGCCCACAUGAUGGUCACAGGACACUUUUUGAAAGUUACAAAUUCAGCCUCUAAAAAAGGCAAGCAGUUAGUUUUGGAUCCUGUUAUCGAGGAGAAAAUUCAGUCAAUUCCUUUGCCUCCUACUACAAAACGUCUCUCAGCACCCAAUGGUAAGCCACAGCCAGACUCCCCAUUGCAGCCCUGCAGCCCGGAAGAGAGAAGUGAGGAAAAGAGAGAUGACGAGACAGAGGAAGAGAAGUUAGAAGUGAGAGAACCUGAGAAAAAAAUUAAAGAGGAGAAAGAAGACCCUACUGACAAGCCUGAGAAGCCAGUAAAGACCCGAUCUUAUCAAUAUCUUACAGAAGAGGACUUGGAGGAAACACCUAAAGGUGGCUUAGACAUAUUAAAGUCUUUGGAAAAUACAGUCUCAAGUGCAAUCAGCAAGGCCCAAACUGGAGCACCAACAUGGGGUGGAUACCCCAGCAUUCACGCUGCUUAUCAGCUCCAUGGAUCCCUGAAGUCUAAUUUGCCCUCUUGUGCAUCAGUUCAACCUUUGUUCAGUAGUUCCAGUAUGAAGGCAAUGUCCUCUGACAUGGGUUCUCUGAUCCAUUCACCAAAUAGCCCCUCUCCACCUCUUAGCCAUAAAAGCAAUGUGCUGGCUAUGGAGGAGCUGGUGGAAAAAGUGACAAGGAGUGGUUCCUCCAAUGACGAAAAAGAAGAAAAACCUUGUGAGAGUAAGUGUAUGUCUGCAAAGUCACCACUGCAAAAUCCCAAGGCCAAUGCAGAAGCUCUGUCAAAAGUAAUGCAAAGCUCUACAGUUGACAUUUCUAUUGAUCUAAAAGGUAAAGAAGAGCUACCCGAGCCCAAAACAGAAGUAAAGAUCAAAACUGGGUGUGACUCACCACAAAAAACAGGUAGCAAUGGCUGCAGUAGCCUCAGCAUUAUCACCGAUCACUUGUCUGAGCAGCCUCUUAUCAGCCCUCUCAGUGCUUUGCAGUCUGUCAUGAACAACCACUUGGGCAAAGCUACAAAAGUUCCCAGACCCUCUGUGGACCCAUUCGCAAUGCUUUAUAAGAUGAGCAGUUAUGCCCAGAGUAAGCAAGCAGAGCCUGCAAGUCAACAUCGUAACGAUGAAUAUGAUCAGCCCAUUGACUUAACAAAAUCCAAAAGCAGCAGCAAUAUCAGUUCAGCUAAAGCUAGUCCUACCACACCAAACAAUAGUAACACAAAUAGUGUCAAAGCAGCUUUUAGAAAUUUCUCAUCAUCAUCAUCAUCAUCAUCUCCACCUCUUCGAGAAAAUGCUUUGAUGGAUAUUUCAGACAUGGUUAAAAAUCUCACAGGCCGUUUAACACCAAAGUCUACUACACCGUCCUCUGUCUCAGAGAAAUCUGACAUGGAUGGCUUUACUUUUGAGGACAGCAUGGAGGAGCUGUCUCCUAUCCAAAGAAGGAAAGGCCGACAGUCGAACUGGAAUCCCCAGCACCUCCUGAUUCUUCAGGCUCAGUUUGCUUCUAGCCUUCGAGAGACGCCUGAGGGAAAGUUCAUAAUUAGUGACUUGGGACCCCAAGAGAGAGUCCACAUUUGUAAAUUCACUGGUCUCUCCAUGACCACUAUCUCACAUUGGCUGGCCAAUGUAAAAUACCAGUUAAAGAGGACAGGCGGAACAAAAUUUCUCAAAAAUAUUGAUUCCGGCCAACCUCUGUUUUUGUGUAGUGACUGUGCUUCCCAGUUCAGGACUCCCUCGUCCUACAUUAACCAUUUGGAGUCCCACCUGGGAUUCACCUUAAAGGACCUCUCCAAGGUUUCUGUAGACUUACUUGAGCAGCAGACAGUUAGCAGAAUUGAGGACAAGACGUUUACAUCUUCUGGACUUACUGAAGAUGACUCUGGCUCAGCAUAUCAGUGUAAACUGUGCAACCGGACAUUUGUGAGUAAACAUGCAAUCAAAUUGCACCUUUGUAAAACACACGGAAAGUCGCCAGAGGACCAUCUCAUCUUUGUGAGAGAACUUGAAAAGUUAGAUAAACAGUGAAAUCAGUGAUAAUAUGACAUAUUUCUGUUGCACUAAAUCUCUUAAGUCUCAAUCUGUCAACACAGAUAGUGCCACAACUCUUAACACAAACAUGAGGUUUUAUACCUUAUAUUCUAAUUCUAAUCAUUUGGUAUGUUUUGAAUUAAAAGCGCUUUCAGUGAAGUAGCUCAAAAACAGAUUGUAAAGGUUCUGUUUUUACUUACGAAACUCUACAGAUUGGUGCAACAAACAUGGCACUAUACAGUCAUUGACUGAUUGUUGCUUCAUCAACGCACUGCAUUUUAUCUGAGCCUUUCACAGUCGUCUGUUGUUUUGAAACUGACCCAUGCUCUUGUGUUCAUCACUGUUUUUGAAUAGUUGUUUUUGAAUGACUAUAUUUCACCAUUACUUGCAUAUUAUUUAUGAAGCUCUGCAUGUUUUCAUGUAAAGCAUUGGCUAUAUUAAGUCUGGUUACAUCUUAUUCAGAAUGACUUAACUGAUGUCCCUGUUGAACAAAGUUUGGGAAGAGAUACUUGGAUGGUAUUCUAAAAAUGUUUCUGCACUUUCAGUGAGUGUGAACCAAUGAAGAAAAAAUUGCUGAAAAAAAAAGAUCAAGUUUGGUUUUUAAGGCCCUUAAUCAAACUAUAUUAUUGUUUGCCAUUAUACCAUAGAUAUAUUACAAAUGCCUGUUUUUCCUCAAUUAAAAAAUAUUUUAAUGUUCUCUUUUUAACAUGUACAGUACUUACUAAGUAGUCCACCAAUUUAUCAUGAAGGAGAUAAGCUUGUAAAGUUAACCAAGUUGAAAAUUUAAUGUGUAAAUAAUAAUAAUAAAAAAAUGUAUGUUGGCAUAUCUUGCUACUUACAAGUUCAGUAUUAUUUGUACUGUGUGCAUUUUUACAGUGUUAUUUUCUAGACCAGUUCAGGGGUGUGGGUGUAAAGCUACAGAAUAUUGUUGGACCAAAAAUGUCCUUUUUUUCAGUGAAUUGUUGGUCGCUCAACGUGGUUUAUAUAAAAUGAAGUUAACGGCAUCUCAUGUGAUGUCCAUGACUGUAUAUAAGCUUGAAAAAAAUGUGCUCUCAAAACUCCCAGGUUUUUGUCAUGACCAGUUAUUCUAAAUGGCAUCCUUUUAUUCUUAGUUGUAAAAUAAACAUCAUGUCCUGGAACAAA